AUGGCGUCUUGGGGGGGGAAGACGGCGGUGGCGGCGAAAGUGAAGAAGAUGGCAGAGGAGGUGACAAGGGACAGGAGAGCGAUCGCGAUCAUGACGAUGACAGCGAUGAUGCUUGUUCUCUCGACUUUGAUAUUCUUUGCUGGGUUUGACACGCUGCACUCUGUGGUGGAAGUACAGCAAGGGGGUAGGGGGAGCGGAGGAGGGUUCAACUGGCGGGCAUGGAGAGCUCAGCAGCGGAGGCUGAUGAGGCGUUUGGAUGAAGUUGAGAAGGGGGUGGAUGCGAACAGCGAGGAUGAUUCGAAGUCAAGAGACAUAAAGUCCGUCCUCUCCAGUCUCAAGGACACACUAAGGCCACAUCCUAUGCCCCACUUGAACACAGUCCCCAUGGAUCAGGAACUUGCUAUCCUCAAGGUCCACAAGCAGAUGAGGACAGAGAAGAAGUUUCCCAAGGACAGAAUAGAAGGAGCAGGCGACGUGACGGGCAUCGUUGCUGAGCAGGACCGGGCGGACGAAAGGAAUGCGCUCAUGGAAGGGGAUGACGCGGGUCCAGACACCAAGACCAAGCAUCUCUUCGAGAACUGCGAGGAUGGUAGCUUGACAGUGGAGGAUGCAGAGCUUUGCUCGAGGAAGGCGCUUGCGAUCAAGAUGCUCACGCAUGCCGCCGUCCAGUCGCAGCUGUCGAACACUGGAAUGUCGCCGAUGGGCUCCAAGUCGGAGCCAUCACUGCAGACGAUGGAUCUGAUGAACGAUGCCACCAGUGAGCUCAUCAAGGACGCGAUCGUCGGGAAGGAAUACCUUGACUUCUUGCAUGGAGCGCCGGCAAGAGCUAAAGGCGGAGCAAGGAAGCAUCUCAAGAAAGCUUCUCACUCUGCCCAGAGCCCAUCGGAGGAGAAGGACGAGGCUUCAAGCAAGACGUCUGUGCGUCGUCAUGUGACCAAGAGCGAUGCCUUGCCGAAAGCCGAGCCUGCGCAUCCCUCUGCGCCUUCAGCUCACGAUGCUUCGGGUAGAACUCAGUCAGCCCCUUCGUCGCCCUCAGUCGAUGACUCGGAGAAGGGCGAAGCCAAGAAGACUGCAAGAGAUUCUGCUGAGCAUCACGACCUUAGCGCCAAGAAGAUGUCCUUGCACGGUGAUCUUCCUGUCUUGGCGAAGAUUGCCGAUGCUGCCAAGAUGGCCUCGAAGCACUCAGAUGCAAGCAAGACCUCAACGCCAACAGUGGACUCCAAGGUUCGCCUGGAGGACCUUGAGAGUCAGAUCUCAAGUGAGGAAGACAAGCUUGCUAAGGAGAAGAUGGAGUUCACCAAGGCGAUGCUGAAGCGGCAGAUCCAACUGCAGAAGGAAUUCUCCAAGAGCAUGAAACAGAUCCAUGAAGGUCUUGACCUGGUGGACGACUUCGGGGGUGCCAAGUCUUCUGUUCUGAUCCCGCCAGAGCCGACCUUGUAUGGCAGCAACAGUCUCCAGGUAGGUGCAACGGCUAAGAACGCCGCGAACCCGUCGAUAGCAGCGGUGAUGAAUGCAAUCAAGCAAUCUUCGCUCUUCUCAGUUCCAAAAGUCAAGGAUAACCAAGGAAAAGGGCAUCACGUCUCCUUUGAGGAUAAGGAGAAGCAGGUGUUGAAGGACGCCUUGGAUCGGCAGUUCGAUGAAGUCGCUUCUGACGGCUCGGCGAGUGACAAAGUGCGGGAGAACCACUGGCAGUCUCCGAGCUUCUCGGAGUUAGAGCCUAAGGAAGAUAUUCCAUUCCAUGCACACAAGUCCAAGAAAGCGAAGCUGAACCAGCAGAAGCUGCGGCUUCUCUCCAGCACGGUGGCCCCAGGUUCGUCACAGACACACGUGGGGCCGGCCACGUACCGAGAUCUCUCGACCAAGGCCACGAAGUAUCUCGACGAGGCGCUGAGCGAUGGAUCGCCGACUUUGAGUAAGGCUACGAAAGACGCCAUGCUCGCAGACGAGAAGAGAGGGGGAGCGACGGCCGAGCUGAACGAUGCAGAGGAAGUCCUGUGCACGGUAGCGAGGCUGAAGAAGGGACUGUGCUCACAUCGGGUGGGAGGCAGGAGAAUGCAAGGAAGGGGGUUGAGGGAGAGGAAUGUGGUCAGGGCGUCGCCGUCUGUCGCUACUCUGGCUGGGGACGUUGCGGGGAACAUCGAGAAAUUCUUUCACAAGAACGGAAUGACAAACUAA